UACGCGCGUGCAUUUAACUGCCACUAAAAAUCAUCUUCAUCAUCACAAUGGCAGCACAGCAGCGCUGUGAUAACUUAGAGAGAGAGAGAGUGAGGAGAGAGAGGAGGCAAUAGUUGUAUGCCCUCUGGUUCUUGACACACAUCAAACCUAGAUUCUUCUUGAGUUUCUUUCUCUCUCUGUCAUGGAUUUGAAGGAUCAGCAAAACCCAUUGAAGAACACGGAUUACAUGGACAUUGAUCAGGUAUUCGAUGUUCCUGAUACUCCUGGUAGAUCACAGAAUAUUAAUGGCAGAGAUUGUGUUGAAAAAGAAAGUGAUUCAUCAGUGCCUACUCAUUCAGGAAACACUGAUUUUUUUGAUGAAGCAACUAGAAAUCGGCCAAGGGACAGGAGUAAACUUGUCAUUGAUAAUGGGCACAGCAGAAGGCUUCCUUUUCACUCGGGAAAAAAUCUUAGUAUUUCCAACAAAUCUGAGUGCGAUGGUGAUUUCGCAAUUUCCUUGGGGAAUUCAUCUUCUUCCAAGAAUGCUCAUUGGUUUAGGACACCGGCGGCAGACAAGACUUCCAAUCGUGAGAACAAAUAUUUUUUGCAUUCUCAACAUAAAGAGAAUGGGAAAGCUCUGUGUACUUCUGAUUCACAUGCCUGUAUUGAAAAUGCUGUUGUAGAUUUGACAGAGCAGAGUGGUCCUGCCCGAGUAUCCCAAAAUGCUUUCCCAAAUGGAGCAUUGAAAGAUCAUCAAGCUAAAGAAAUUAGAAAAGGACCAGUAUCAACCAAUGGCUUCCCUUUUUUACCUGGCAUAGCAAAUUCUUCAAUGACAGCGCACAAUGGCUGUAAAGGAAAAGAAAAAAUAGAUGACCCUUGUAAAGGAGCUUCAGGUAUUGGCCGUGGAAAAGGAAUCUUUGGUGUUUCUCAAGCUAAAGCUGGAAAGAGUAUGUCUCCAUCUUUUUUCUCUAUUCCCUUAACUAGAGUCAGUGGACAAAAAAGAUUAGUGCGAAAUGGAUGUAUCUCUCCACAUAAUAUAGCAAAAGCCAAACAGUUUGGUGAAAAUCACAGUAAUGGUUCCAUGGAUGUACAAAAUGAUAAGGGAACUCCAGUAUUGGGUUGCUCAUCGGGUCUGAUUAGAGAUUUGAUGGCUGAAGAUGAUAAUUCUCAUAGAGGACAAGGGGUUAUACAUCAUCCUUCUUCAUCAAAAAAAGUUGAUGCAAAAACCGUAGAUUUGUCUUCCAGGAGUUCAUUAGCUCACAAUGAAGAGGCUAGUGGAACUAGUAAUUCCAGUGGAGAUGCAGUCAGAUGUUUUGAAGGAAUAAGUGGGUGGAGAAGUACACGUAACCGCACAAAGAAAAUAAAUGUUCCCUUGUCCAAUGAGGGUCAACAUGUUUCCAAGACAAAGGAUGAUCCAUGCUUUGUCAAUCAACAAAAUGAAAACCAGGUGUUGAGAAGAUAUAAUGGGAAUGGAAGUAGUAACAGAAUGGGUACUGACUAUCAUGAAGACCAGAAUGCAGUCUCUUUCCAGCAUGGUUCUGCUUCAACUGCAGCUCAAGGAAUGUCCAGCCUCAUGUUGCAGUCGGAUCAAGUUAGUGGGUGUCGUGCUCCCACAAGCAUUCUGGUCAAAAGACAGAGGCAGGGCUCUUCCUCAAGUAAUCAUGGUGGAAGCUCUACAUCUGCCUCUCUUGACUCAGAAAUAGUGUUUUUUGGUUCAUCAGGAGAGCCAUCAAAUUCAAGAUCAACCAGAAACCAGAAUGGUCAUGGUCCGAGCAUUUUGGACCCCAUUAUUGAAAUUGAUGAAUUCUCUCCUGAAAUGAGACACAUUGGGUCCCACAAUAUAGGUAGUGGUAGUAAUGAUGACUCAGAUGCUAGGGCUAGACAAGUUGAAGCAGAUGAGAUGUUGGCUCGUGAGCUCCAAGAACAAUUAUAUAAUGAGGCACCGGGAGUUGGAGAUGGCGAAAUUGAUACAGACAUAGCAUUGGCAUGGCAACAUGAGGACAAUGUGUUUUCUAGUGGAAGUCACCCUGUUUUCCAUCCUAGCGGCUCAUUAUUUUCAAAUUUCUAUAGACAUUCUCAAUCACAGUCCUCUCAGAACCCUUCAAUCCGUAGAGGCACUCAUGCUCGAGGUCCUGCCUCUGGUAGGUUGACACGGUUGAGGAGCCGUUUACCUAGCCAGUUGCCUAGAAUAUCAUAUACGGAAAGUUCCCUCUUUCCUCCGAACAUGGAUUUGGACAUGAGAAUCCAUAUAUUGGAAGCACUAGAGGCCUUUAGUGAUAUGGGAAUGGCUGGUAACUUCCUUCAAGCUGACCGUGAAUUCAAUGAAAAUGAUUAUGAAACAUUGUUGGCGCUCGAUGAUAACAAUCAUGAGCAUGGUGGUGCAUCUGUCAAUCAAAUUAAUAGCUUGCCACAGUCAACAGUUCAGGGUGAUUUUGAAGAACCUUGUGCAAUUUGUCUUGAAACACCAACCUUGGGAGACGCAAUACGUCAUCUCCCUUGCUUGCAUAAAUUUCACAAAGAUUGCAUUGAUCCAUGGCUCAGAAGAAAAACAUCAUGCCCAGUAUGCAAGUCAUCUAUCACUUGAUUAGCAAGAGUUGAGUUGAGUUAUUUUGUUUUUGUUUUUUUGGCUUCAUGUCAUUUUGCAGCGAAUGACACCAAAUCUGCAAACAAUGGUAUUUGGGGUUUCAAGGUAAAUCAUUAACUCGCCUUGACACUAUUUGUGAUUGCAAAUUUGUGCUUGAAGGGAGACUACCCUAGUUUUGGUUUUGUUUCAAUUUAGUUAUCGACAUGAAAAUCUCUUUGGGAUUAAGCUGAUAAUGUAAGCAUUAUACUUUGCGAAUUGAUUUAUGGUCGUGUUUGGAGUAGCUUGUUUUCACAGUAGUUGGUUUGGUGCACAACCUUGUGGUCUUCCUGAAAGGCUAGAUAGUUUCUGCAUUUUGAGGUUUCUAUGGCAAAGAGAAACUAGGUGUAUUUCUCUAAGAAAUUAGGUGUAUUUGUGUAUGGAAUUUGGAUUGCUACAUGUUUUAGUGGUCUUAUGAAUACAUGCACCGAGUGUUCUACAUGCUUUACUAUAAA